UACUAAUACUGAAGGCAACACUCCUCUUUACAUCGCUGCGGAGUGAGGAUUCGGAGACUUGGUACAGAUGAUCCUAGACAAUUGCUCUUCACCAGCUCAUAGUGGCUUCAGUGGUCGAACGGCUUUGCAUGCUGCUGUAAUUCUCAAAGACCCAGCAAUGACAAAGAAGAUACUGGAAUGGAAGCCUACUUUAACUAAAGAAUUACAUAAAAAUGGGUGGUCUCCCCUUCACUUUGCAGCAUAUGUGGGUUGUCAUCCAACAAUAGUGACGCAAUUGCUAGAGAAAUCUGACACGUAUGUUGUCUAUCUAGGCGUCAAAGACCAUGGAAUUGGAAAGAGGACAGCUCUUCACAUUGCUGCUAGCCGAGGCCAUGUGGAAAUAGUGAAGCUGCUGGUGUCACACUUUCCAGAUUGCUGCGAGAAAGUUGAUGAUGAGGGCAAUAAUGUUCUUCACCUGAUAAUGCCAGAAAAGAAAAUAUUUUUAACUUCGGGUUUGUCAAAUAUUCCCUGGUUAAGGGUGAGAGGACUCACUUAUGAGAAGAAUGGUAAAGGAAAGACACCCCUCCAUCUAUUUCACAACAGUAUCAUACCUCCGGAACCGUUGUACAAGUUGAUAUGGGACACCUUAGUAAGAUCAAGGAGACGAAUGCGAAGUUCCAGAAUCGUUAGUCUGAGACCCUUAGGUUCGCUAGAGAUCAAGGAAGACAGUGGAAGCAGCGAAAGUAAAGAAAUUUCUGAAAGCAAAGAAAGUGAAGAAAUAUCUGAAAGCAAAGAAAGUAAAGAAAUAUCUGAAAUUAAGAAAACAAUGAAAAGCCAUAUGAUAGUGGCGGCACUCAUAGCAACCGUAACCUUCGCAGCAGGUUUCACACUACCUGGUGGUUACAUUCAGAACGAAAGCAAUAACCAGGGCUUGGCAGUCUUGUCCCUCCCUACCAAUGGCACCAAGGGCAAGGACCGAGACAUGGCAAUUGCAGUAAGGGAAAAUUUCAGAAUUUUUGUCAUGGCAGAUGGCAUAGCCAUGUUACUUUCUAUGUGCGCUAUUAGUAUUUAUUUCUUUGCGUCAUUCCCUAUAAAAAAUAAGAAGGUCGCCCAGGUAUACUUAUUCUGCGGCUAUGCGCUCACCAUGUCUGCGAUGAUUGCAAUGGUGUUUGCAUUUGUUGCAGGCCUGGGAGCCGUGCUGUAUCCUUCUUCAUUGCUUGAAGGUACCACCACUAUCAUCCCUUGGUUCUUCUUUCUUUUGUUUUUGGUUCCAAUGUUUCUUACAUUGACACCCAACCCAGUGUGGAUUCUGUAUGGCAAAAAAGUCAAGUCUUAUACAUUAAUGUAA